GACGCAUGCGUACUCCUCUGUUCCCUGCUACUACAGCGGAAAAGGUAAACAAAACCAAUGUGAGGAAAUAUGGCGGAAGAACAAGCGCUUCCGAGUCUUUAUCCCCCUGCUAAAAAGGUAAAGUCCGAAGUAUGGAAAUAUUUUGGAUAUCGGAAAAAUGCACAAGGAUCGAUAGUCGAGGACGGUUUUCCUAUUUGUAAAGAAUGUGGCAAGGAAGUAGCUGCGAAACGUGGAAACACGUCCAACAUGUUUACCCAUUUGCGCCACAAUCACUCACUGCAAUUUAGCGAAGUACUGAAACCGCUAUCAAACAGGGACAAAGCAGCUCGGCACAGAGCAAGAAUAAAUGCAAAUCCCAUCUCCAGAGCCAGAUACCUUGCAAGAAGAAGAGAGAGUUAUGAACAAAGAAAGCGAGAGGGAAAGAUAACACAUUCACCAAUAGCAAAACUCUCUAUGACAAGACAGCAAGAAUUAAGGCAGAACUGGAGACGAUACAAGAAAAUUCAAAGAGAGAAGAUUCGAACUAUAACACCACAGUCCUGUGGCCAUAUUGAGGUGAACUCUCAAUGCCAGCAGGAAUCCGUUAUAAACUCAGCCAGCAGUGAGACAGACUGCAGCUCUGCGACACACGAGAGUCCUGUGAGCAGCUGGAUGAAACAAGAACCAAAAAAUGAAAUAAUCGAGUGGGAAAAUAUGAACUUUGAAGUCCACACUGAUGCUGAACAGGACGGCACAUUGAGCAAUGCCAUCUCCACAGCGACGACUCCGGUGGAGAGUUUACUCACCAGUGAGAUGCUGACCAUCACCAAACAGCAUUGUUUGCUGGAAUGCAAUAAGGUGAAAAUCGAAGCCCUAGAGAAACAGGUGCAGGACCUGCAGGAAGAUCGCAUGUUUCUCCGUACACAGAUUGAAAACCUCACCAGCGUUCUUUCUGCUUACGUCCGUGACGGUGUUCAUAAAAAUCAAGAAACAUAAAGGGACAAGAAAGAACUUGUUAGUUGGUUUCUAUCUAAAACAAAGUGUGACUUUGUUCUGUCUGCAGUCAACAAGAACAUGAAUAGACCUUUUUUGGCAAAGUCUGACUAAAAGUCACAGAACAACUUUUUAUGGAUGAGUCCCUCAUGCCCAGGGUUAAUGAAAAAGUUAAUGAACCUUAUUUUGGGACAACUUUCCCCUGGUUUCCACCUAUAAAUCAUUAUCAAGAACACCAUCCCAUCAACACUGACCCCAUCACAAAUCUGCACCAUAGCUAUAGAGACUAUGAGGAAAUAUUGAUCAGCCUUCACUAUUAAAGCAGAUGUUGUCUUCUGGUGAAAUGCUACUGUACAGUACUGCUAUCAAAGCAAGAACAUUGUCUAUGGAUGUACUUUAGAGGAUGCUGUGGUACCUCUGCUGAUUGAACAGGGCUGUUGUGUGACUUUCAGACCCUGAAAAAAUAGAAAAACAUUACAGUGUUAUGUAGUGUGCUUGUUUUUAUGAUGUUCUGUUUAUCUUUGCUCUUACUGUUUUUGUCAUUAUUUUCAGUUGCAGUGAUUUAUGUGUAAAACUACUAGAUGUAUGACACCAUUUAUGCAACUGAUAAUGAAAUACUAAAAAAGUA